GCGUCCGGGUGACAGGCGGGCGACAGAGCUCCAGGUGGGUCCGGGGCGUCUUGCAGGUUGUACCGGGGGUGGCCGCUUCUUCUCGGGGCUGUCUCCCCGGUGUGGCGGGUCCCCCAAACCCUGCAGCCAUGGCAAGACAAAUGGGCCGAGACCCCGGCCUGAGGGAGAAGGUGAAGAUGUUCCUGGGCCUGGGACCAUCCCGGGGGAAGUCCAAGCACUCAGAAUGGCGUCAGCCGGAGUACAUCAUCACCACCGAGCUGCUAAAAGAGCUGAGCCCGGAGAGCGCGCUGAGCAUCCGUGUUCGAGCCAUGAGUCAAGUCUGCGAGCUGGCGAAAACGAAAAAAUUUGAGGAUCAUGCGGUGGAAGCCAUCUGGACAUCGGUUGCGGAUCUGCUAGAACCUGACCAACCAGCAGAGGGCAGACUCAACGUGCUCAUCCUAUUGAAAAGCCUUGUUCUAGGACAGGGUGACCGGUUGGGGUUUCUCCGGGCGCAUUUCUUCCACGUUAUAAAGGAUUACCCCAGUAAUGAAGACCUUGCAGAGAGGCUGGAGGUUUUCAAAGCUCUUACUGAUAAUGGCAGAGACAUUGCCUACCUGGAGGAGGAGCUAGCUGCGUUCGUCCUGCAGUGGAUGGAGUUCGCCCUGUCCCCGGAUUUUCUGCUUGUGUUGGUGAAUCUGGUGAAGUUUCACAGCUGUUAUCUGGAAAGUUACAUUGCCCCUAUGGUGCAAAUGAUUUGCCUGCUUUGUAACCGGACCGCUUCUUCCUAUGAUAUUGAGGUCUCUUUGAAGGUCUUGGAUGCUGUGGUUUGUUACAAUUGCCUGCCGUCAGAGAGUAUCCCCACAUUCGUCAUUACACUGUGUCGGACAAUCAACGUGAAGGAGCUGUGCGAACCCUGCUGGAAGCUUAUGAGAAACCUCCUGGGAACUCAUCUCGGCCACAGCGCAAUUUAUACCAUGAGCCGUAUUAUGGAAGACAAGGUUUAUUCGGAGGACGCCCCCCUGCUGAGAGGAGCGGUAUUUUUUGUCGGGAUGGGACUGUGGGGUGCACAUAGACUGUUCUGUUUAAAGAACUCGCCGAUAUCUGUUCUCCCUUCUUUCAUUAAGGCAAUGAAUUGUCCCAAUGCUGUGGUGUCUUAUGAGAUCGUCCUGUCCAUCACCAGACUGGUCAAGAAGUAUGGGCGGGAGGUGCAGGCAGUAACCUGGGACGUUGUCUUAGAUAUUGUUGAGCGGUUGCUUCAGCAGCUCCAGGUUCUGCGCAGUUCAGAGUUGAAGGCGGCCGUGCACAACCUACUGACGGCCAUAGAGGAACUUCAUGACCAGAAUGACUUUCAUGGGGAUGAGGAGAGAUUCUUUGAUCUUGUGGAGAAAAACUCUGAUGAACGGCCUGCGGCCUCAGUAGUGAACCUCAUAACCUACAGAGCCCAGAGCAUUCACCCUGGGAAAGAAGGAUGGGUGCAGGAUCUACUAAAAUUGAUGGACAAGUAUUUCAGGAAUGAGUCUCGCAGUAUUAUAAGGAUGAAAGUCCUGGAUGUCUUGUCCUUCGCGCUCAGCAUUAACAGGCAGUUCUAUGAGGAAGAGCUGAUUGAGAAGGUGGUUACAUGUCAGUUGGCGCACAUCCCAGAAGAUAAGGACCAUCAGGUUCGGAAGCUUGCCACCCAACUCUUGGUGGACUUGGCGGAAUGCUGCCACUCCUGCCACUUCAACAGCCUUAUGGAUAUCAUUGAGAGGGUUGUCACCCGUUCUUUGACCUUGACUGAUUCUGCAGGACAGGACACGUCACCCCUGGAAGAUGUGAAGACCUCUGUGCUGGGGCUAAUGGUUAUAUUACAGACCAAGCUGUAUACUCUACCAGCAAGUCAUGCCAUGCGGGUGUAUGAGAUGCUGGUUAACCAUAUCCAGUUACACUACAUAAACCUGUACAGCUCCCCCAUGGCCAGCAAUAUCCGCCACCAAGUGUUUGAUUUCUUCUUGCUGCUACGAGCUGACUCCCUAAAGCGCAUUGGUCUUCCCAACAAGGAUGGAGCUGUAAGGUUCAGCCCUCACUGCCUCUGUGAAUCUGUGAAUGAGUCUGAGAAGAGAAUGUCCGACAGAAAAUCCCCUGGUACCCUGUCGCCUCCUGCUGGAAGUCCCAGCCUCACAUCCCAGAGUGGUUGUCCUCGCAUGGGGUUUCUGCCAUUCUCAUUGGCGUUUGGGGUCAUCCUGCAAUGCCUAAAACAGGAGAUAGACUGGAAAGUUCUAAAACUCGUUCUCAACAAGCUUCCCGAGUGCCUUCGAUACAAACUCCUCAUCCUCUCCUCUCCAUGCAACAUUGACCAGCUGUCUGCAUCUCUGUGCACCAUGCUGUCAGACCGGAGCGCAAGUGACCGUCUUUACAACACGCCGGACGGUUUCUCCCGUACUGACCUACAGCUCGCCGUGGUUCCUGUGCUCACUGCUUUGACUUCAUACCAUCCUUACUUGGACAUCAGUAAACAGAGGGAAAUGGUGCGUUGUCUGGAAACCGGACUUAUCUACCGCUGUGCCAAGCAAUGUGUGGUUGCCCUUUCCAUGUGUAUGGUAGAGAUGCCAGGGAUCCUGAUUAAGUCCUUACCUGUGCUCAUUGUGAAGUUGACCCACAUCUCCGCCACAGUCACCAUGGCUAUCCCCAUGCUGGAGUUUCUGUCCACUCUGGUUCGGCUGCCUCAUCUUUAUGGGAACUUUGCUGCGGAGCAGUAUGUUAGCGUGUUUGCCAUUUCUCUUCCCUACACAAAUCCAUCAAAGUUUAACCAGUAUAUAGUGUUCCUGGCCCACCAUGUCAUUGCGAUGUGGUUCAUCAGAUGCAGACUGUCUUUCAGAAGAGACUUUGUGCCUUAUAUAACCAAGGGUCUUCGCUCCAAUGUCCUGCAGAGCUUUGAUGAUACUCCUGAGAAGGGCAGCUUCAGGGCCCGCAGUACUAGUCUGAACGAGAGGCCUAAGAGCUUGAAGCUAUCUAAACAAACCAAGCCGGGCUUGAGUGACUCUUCCCCGGUGAAGGAGAUGAGAGACCUUUCCAAUGCCUUUCGAUCUCGCAGCAUCAGUGUGUCGGAACGUGCUGCAUACAGCCGGAUGCAGACCUCUAUGACCAGCUCCAGCCUGAGCUCAGCCGACGAGAGCUUCAUGGCUCAGGCCGACGAUAGCCUGAAAAACCUUCACCUAGAACUAACGGAGAUCUGUCUAGACAUGAUGGCCAGAUAUGUGUUCUCCAACUUCACUGCCGUACCCAAGAGGUCCCCAGUCGGAGAGUUCCUCCUGGACGGCGGAAGGACCAAGACGUGGCUGGUGGGAAAUAAAUUGAUCACUGUGACAACUAGUGUAGGGAGGGGGACGCGCUCUCUCCUCGGCUUGGAUACUGGCGAAGCCCCAAAAGAGGGGGAUGCCGAAUUCAGUCCAUCUAUGCAACCGGAAGUCAAAGAAGCUCCUAAGAUCGAGCAUCACGUGAGAAAGCAGGGUAUGCAACCGCGUCACAGGGUCCGCUCCAUGUCUGGUGGUCACGGACUAAGAGCAGGAUCUGAAGGUCUUUCUCUAUCUACACCUCCUGGAAGCAGAGCGGACAAGACUCCGCGCAGGAUACCGGUGAAGAAGGAGAAGGCUACGUUGGCCGACUUCGUUCCGGUGCUAACGCAGGGAUGGGCAGAGAUACUUGUGCGCAGACCUACAGGUAAUACCAGCUGGCUUAUGAGCUUGGAAAACCCCCUGAGCCCCUUCUCUUCAGACAUUAACAACAUGCCCCUCCAAGAACUGUCUAAUGCCCUCAUGGCAGCCGAGAGGUUCAAAGAGCACCGAGAGACCGCGCUGUACAAGUCCCUCUCCAUGCCCGCCUCCACCCUGAGCUCUGCCGCAAGCAAACCUACACGCCUCCAGAGAGCCAACACAGUGGCUUCUGUCUCUCUCGCCUCCCAGUCCAGUGGUCCAGGGAAGCUGCUUAGGAGCAUAUCCUGGGCAGAAUCCUCCGUCGUACCAGAGGAAGGCUCCCAACUGGAUGGCGAAGGAGAAGCGGCCUCCCAGAGCGGCUCCCAAGAGCUGGAGGACUUUGAGCCUGUCAGUAAUGAGGACACCACCAGUGAGGACAAGACAGACAAAAAGACUGAAGGGAUCAGCAGGUCGUCCUCUACCUCCAGCCAAGAGGACUCUACGUCCCAACAGACGGACGGCUCAGAACUUGGUGGGAUUCCUAUAGAAGGUUCUACACGUGAACUCCCGUUCCAACCCUCACAAACACUAAGCAAGUCAAGCUCGUCCCCUGAACUCCAGACCCUGCAGGAGCUGCCCCGGGAGCCCGACAUUAAAGACCCUGACCAAACUCCUGCUCCAGAACCCAAACCGCUGCCACAGAGCCAAAUCCUAAAAUCUCCCCCGAGCAGAACAGAAGAGGAAAGUUCUGCUACAACAAGCCCAAAACCCGAAGCCGCUUCUAGGCUGGAACCAGAAUUGCCCCAGCAGUCUCCUCAGUCUCCUAGCGGGUACCGCCCCCGAGGACACACCAUUUCAGACUCCGAACCUUCCAGACGAGGCCGAAGGAUCAAUAUUGAUGCUUUUAAGAACAGCACCAAGGCCACUAAAGCCGAGAAGGUGCCCGGAAUAGACCCGAGUUUUGUGUUCUUGCAGUUGUACCACUCUCCCUUCUUCGGGGACGAGUCCAACAAGCCCAUCCUGGUCCCGAAUACUCAGACAUUCGAAAGAACCAUGAAACUUCUCGACCAGAUCCCGAGCUACGACACGCACAAGAUAGGGGUCCUGUAUGUUGGGGAAGGACAGAUUGGCAACGAGCGUGCCAUCCUAUCCAAUGAACACGGGUCGUACAGGUACACGCAGUUUCUCACCGGUUUGGGAAAGCUGAUUGAGCUGAAGGACACUCAGCCCGACAAGAUAUUUCUCGGAGGGUUGGAUGGCUGCGGAGAUGACGGACAGUUUACUUACUGCUGGCACGAUGACAUCAUGCAAGUCAUAUUCCAAAUCACUACAUUGAUGCCGAACAAUGAGAUAGACCCCUACCGCUGCAACAAGAAGAGACACGUGGGCAACAACUUUGUGAAUAUCGUCUACAACGACUCGGGGGAAUUUUAUAAGUUGGGGACUCUUAAGGGUCAGUUUAACUUUGUGGACGUGAACAUUCAGCCCUUGGAUUGUGAGAGCAACUUGGUGACUUUACAAUGUCGGAAAGAUAUGGAAGGACUGGUCGAUAUCACAGUUGCUAAAAUAGUGUCUGAUAAAAACCUGCCGUUUCUUGCCCGCCAGAUGGCGCUGCACUCAAAUAUGGCUUCACAGGUUCAUCACAGUAGAUCUAAUCCCACAGACAUUUACCCUUCAAAGUGGAUCGCCAGACUGCGGCACAUUAAGAAAAUGAGACCAAAGAUUCAUGAAGAGUUGCUAGAAAUGACAGCGAACAUGCCUUAUCCCAUCCACAACCUCUCCAACAAAACUCCCCCGCAGAACCCUCCAUCGGCCAGCGGCUCCUUUGAAACCGGGCAGCGGACUCGGCUCAUCUCGGCUGUGGAUGAUUUCACUGAAUUUGCCUAAAACCCACAAUUCUGGGGGCAGGUGGACUGAGUUAUUGGUACGUCCUAAGGAACUGACAGAAGGAAAGGUUUGGUCCCUACUUCAAGCACAGAUUACUUAACAGUGAAUGCUGAAACCUUCUGGGGCCUCAUGUAGCAAAGAUAAGAACCGGACGUUUUAGGAGACGCGGUUUUAAAUUAUUUUCAAUAUUGAAAAAAAUCUUAAUUUAUUAAAGACUUCACCCCCCCUCCUCCCCCCCCCCCCACUCCCCUCCCUCUGUAAUGUGAUCAGUACAAGUCACCCAGCAAUGGAUCACAGGAACUGUCAGAAAGUUGGACACACAGGGUGAGCGUUACUGCUUUUGGUUGUUUUUGUGUUUUUUUCUGCACAGUUACCAAUUAAAAAGACUUAAAAAUAAUAUUAA